AUGGGUCAGGCAGAGUCGAGCGUCUUCAGCAACCUCGAGCGGAACUCGAACUUCUCCGCACCCGAGCUCGUGCGUCUCAAGAAGCGCUUCAUGAAGCUCGACAAGGACGGUUCCGGCUCGAUUGACAAGGACGAGUUCCUCCAGAUCCCCCAGAUUGCCAACAACCCGCUGGCUCACCGCAUGAUUGCCAUCUUUGACGAGGACGGCUCUGGAUCCGUCGACUUCCAGGAGUUCGUCGGCGGCCUCUCGGCCUUUUCGUCCAAGGGCGGAAGGGACGAGAAGCUCCGUUUCGCGUUCAAGGUCUACGACAUGGACCGUGACGGCUACAUCUCCAACGGCGAGCUGUACCUCGUGCUCAAGCAGAUGGUGGGGAACAACCUGAAGGACCAGCAGCUGCAGCAGAUUGUCGACAAGACCAUCAUGGAGGCCGACAAGGACGGCGACGGCAAGCUCUCCUUUGAGGAGUUUACCGACAUGGUCGCCAGCACCGACAUUGUCAAGCAAAUGACGCUCGAGGACCUGUUCUGA